UCAAAACAAGCUGUGAUGGAGGACAAACUCGGGAUAAUAAUUUGUCUCCUGGUUUGCUCUGCUGAGGGGUUGCUCUACCCUCAAAAUUCGCCCACCAGAGAGAUGAGGUCAUUGGACGGCUCCUGGAAUUUCAGAUUAUCUCCAAAGAGCCAGCCAAAUCUAGGCACCAUUGAAAAAUGGUUUAGCUGCGAGAGAGACGAUGACAAGGGGUUUUCAGAAAAAUCCAAAGUUUUUGUCAUGCCCGUUCCGGCCAGUUUCAACGAUAUCACGACCAGUGCCGAAUUGAGAGAUUUCGUCGGGGUGGCUUGGUACCAGAGAUCUUUUGAGGUGCCCUCUGCCUGGAUGGAAAGUGGUGGGAAUUUUUCCACCAGGAGGGUGUCUGUGCGCUUCGGUGGGGUGCACUAUAACGCUCAAGUGUGGGUAAAUGGAGACUUAGUUGUGGAGCACGAAGGUGGUCAUUUGCCCUUUGAAGUUGAGAUAUCAAAAAAUCUGAAGAGGACGGGAAAUUGCAUCACAGUAGCGGUGAACAAUACCUUAUUUAACCACUCAAUUCCUCAAGGAGAAAUUUACCGGCCAAACGAUACGGAUCGUUACCCAUUGGACUACUUCACAAACACGUACACUUUCGACUUUUUCAAUUACGCCGGCAUCCACCGUCCGGUGCAUUUACUCUUCUUGCCUAGAAUUGGCGUUUCUGACAUUUCCGUGAACACCGAGCAAUUAACCAGAAUUGGGUCUGACUUGGGUCACGCUACAUUAAGGUUUCAAAUUGAGCUGCCUGACGUGCCUCCAUCAAGCAGGAAGAAUGGGCUGAGAUGCAAGGUAACCCUUUUCGACGCGGAGGAAGUUGCAGAAGCUACCCUUGACAUUCCACUAGUGGACGAUGGAAAAUUGUGCUCUGGCAAAAUGCACGUCAAAAAUGCCAAAUUGUGGUGGCCUAUCGGCUCAAGGGAAGAAGCUGGCUACAGGCAUAAUUUCCAGGUUCAACUUUUGGAAGGAGAAAGUCUGGUUGAUCACUACGAACUGCCGUUUGGAAUCAGGACGGUCGAAUGGGACAGCGAUGAAAUUUAUAUAAACCAUGAGCCGUUUUAUCUGAAAGGCUUGGGCCGACACGAGGACUCUGAUAUCCGAGGCAAAGGGUACGACCCUCCGUUGGCAAUAAAGGACCACAACCUGAUGCGCUGGCUGGGCGUAAACGGGUAUCGCACGUCGCACUACCCUUACGCGGAGGAAAUCUUGGAACUCUCCGAAAGAUAUGGCUUUGUCGUGAUCUCUGAAAGCCCUGCUGUUAAUUUAGUUAAUUUUGACAACGAUCUGUUGGCGAAACACAUGGUUGUCAUGACCGAGUUGAUAGCAAGGGACAAAAACAGGGCUUGUGUCAUAAUGUGGUCCCUUUCCAACGAAGCUCGCAGUGCUCAACAGCUAGCUGGACAAUACUACAAGGAGCUUGCUGCAUUUGUCAAGGCGUUGGACACUACUCGCCCGGUGACGAUGGUGACAAACGUGAAAUUAGAAAAGGACUUGGGUGCUCCCUACAUGGACGUUUUGGCAGUUAACAGAUACUUCUCCUGGUAUUCCGACACCGGAAAUUUGCAGCUCAUAAAGCAACAAAUGAUGAAUGAAGUGAGAAGCUGGAGAAGCCAGUACAAAAAACCCUUCAUUUUGUCAGAAUACGGAGCAGACGCACUAGCUGGCUAUCAUUCAGACCCUCCGACUUUGUGGACUGAAGAUUAUCAAGUAGCCUUGAUGAAAGAAAAUUUUGAGGCUUUUGACCAAUUGAGACGGGAAGGUAAUUUAGUUGGAGAAAUGAUUUGGAAUUUUGCCGACUUUCAGACAGCUCAAGGAUAUAAACGAGCCAAUGGAAACAAGAAGGGCAUCUUUACCAGAGACCGUAAGCCUAAAUCAGCAGCUCACGCACUUCGCAAGCGUUAUAAUUCAAUUUUGUAAUUAAAUAAAAUAAAAUGCUGUUUAUCAAGACAAA